UCAAAGCGCUCGAAGUUUGAGACGGAAAAACUCAAGAAACAGCAGCAGGACCUGACAACUCAGAUUGCAAAUCUUCAGAAACAAGUCACUGUCAAGGAUAACUUGGAAGAACAGGCAACUCUUGAAAGGAAUCAACAACAACGGCUCAGCUACGAACUGGAAACCGUAAAGAAGGAGCUGAAUCUCAGAGAGACACAGUUCAAUCAGCUCACUCAAAAGUUGAAUCAGACCAUAAAGGAAUCCACCGAUCAGGCGCAGGUCAUUCAGGAACUCUCACGCCAGCUAGAGGCCGCCAAGGCCAGCACACAGCAAGCGGAGCGAGACGUUGAUUCGGCUAGACGACAGGCAGCCGCAUGG